AUGCGGAAACCCCUUCACGACCGCAACGCUCGACCGGUCCGAAACGAAACGAAGUUCGCGUUCUCGUCGGUUCGCAUCGAGCGAGGCAGUUGCCGCGCCUGUGGAUUAGUGGAUGUGGAUCGCAGCAUCGCGAUCUCGUGGUCCAUCUUCCCACCGAUCCCGGUACCUGGAUACAGUGUGAGCUACUACUGUGCGCCCAAGAAGAAGGUGCCCUGGGAGAAGUCCGAGGAGGUGGAUGCCGUUUUGGAAGAUUGUGGCUUCAGUGAGGAAAUCAGUGAGAGCGAUAAGGAAAAAUGCCAACAACAAGCAAAGGCUCCCGCCCUGCGGGCGACCUACCUGGGCAUCCCUGCUGCGUACAUGCGUCAGAUGGCCAUGUGUGGCCGAUGCACCGUUUGUUCUGCCUUCAGCAAGGUCCAAGCGCUGUGGGCCAAGAUCAAAGCAGCUGUACGGAAGGUCAUUGGGUGGUUGAAGGAUGUGAAGCGCAGCGUCUUUGGCUACGAGUAUGCGCCCGACUUUGUUCGACAGCAGAUGCAAGAACGCUUCGACAGCUUCUUCCCUCCGGAUCAUGUCGGAAGUUCCUUGGCGGAAAUCUGCGAGUCGCAAGCGGAGGAAGGAUGGGAGACCGAAGCAGAGGGCUAUCAUGAGAAGUUGGUGGAAAAGGCACUGCGAGAUCACUUCUCCGACAAGUCACCUGAAGAGGUGGAGCAACACCUGUCCCUGCUGGAGCGUCAUGUGGAAGAUGUAGAGCAACAUGAAGAGGACUUGCUGCAAAAAGCAAAGAAAGACUUCAUUUCACAAACUCAGAGGAUGCAGCAGAUGGCUGAGCUCCGGCUACCGGACAUGCUUCAGAACAAGGAUUGUAGGGAUGCUCUUCAAACCGCAGGCAGUACACUCCUGAUUUCCUUGUCGGUCUCCUUCCCAAACAUCGCAGCUGCCAUCUUGAACGCCGCGCUGCUGAACUUGGCUGGAGCUCUUUAUGCCUUGAUUCCCUCCGUCAGCCUUUCGGCUUUGCCCAAGGGAUUUCAACACUUGGGGUCCAUGGAGCUUUGUAUGCAGGCCAUGGACAAGCAGCGGCAACCGUAUUUGGAUGGUUGUACACAUGAGCAGCCCUUCAUGGCUUGCACUGCCCGAACCUAUCAGCGACUCAUGGAGAAGGCCUUGAGUGAGAAAUGGUGGCCCUUGAUGCACAAUGCAGAAGGAACCUUUGGUUCGAUCGACUUCGGGUACAACUAUGAUGAGCUCAUGAACUCCCUUCGCUGCACUUCCAAAGGAAGCUGUUUGGAAAAGGCCUUUGAUAAGCUGGGCGAGGAUGACUUGAAAGGCAUUUUGGAGAACAGCAGUGCCAGCGAAGCUGAACGGUUCAAUGAGCUUCAAUGUGCCAUGAUUGCCAACCGAGUAGAUGCGGAGGACACGGGCAAGGACCAGUUGCCAGUCUUCUCAGACAAGAUUUGGGCGGCUGCACUGAAGUCCCAUGGGAAAACGAUCAAUUUUGAUCCCAUGUACACCAGACCGUGCGUCGAUGUCUUGCCCUAUGUGGUGGCCUAUUGCGCGGCAGAUCUCAAGUGUUUGGACCCAGAGUCCGUGGGCGGCAAGGGCUUCUUUGACCUGGACGAUGUGAACGUGGCACAGUUACAAGCGGAAGAGAAGGUGAAACCCCUGAUGCAAAGACCCAAGGAGAUGCUUGGGAAGAUCGAAGAGAUGUGGCAGGAGCUGGUUGAAGGAGAGUUUGAUGACAUGAAACCGCAAGAGGAUGCACUUCAGUGGAGCAUGCUUUGGCGCAUGGCCAAUGUGAGUCAUCAGGCUGGUCUCAUUUCCACGUGGCCGGAGAUUCUGGAUGCCUCGCGUGGCAAACGAGAGAUCAACUGGACCAGCACCCGGCUGCACUGGGAGAAGGCGCUCUUCGUGUCAUUGCUGAGGCUUCAGAUCCGAGAUUGGCGUUCAGAGGGUCCAGAGCAUUUCCAUGACCGGCAUCCCUUGUCGCAGGUCGUUCUCGGUUUGCAGGACAUUUAUGAGACGAAAUUCUGCUCGCCUGGAGCUUUGGGUGGCUUGAAGGAUGAACAUUUGAAGCGGCUGGGUGUGACCGAUAUCACGUCACUGGCGAUUCAUCAGAUGGACAAGGAUUCCACUGUGGAAGCUAUGUGGAAAAAUUGGAUGGUCUUACAAGUGAAAGUGAAUUGGAGGACCACACAGAGCUCACGGAUCAAGAGAUUCAAAGAUGCACUGACAGCCGGCGCUUGCAGCUGUAUGUGUUAUGAAGCCUGCGGAACGUUGCACCCUUCAGCUGUUGCACAGUGUCAGGCCCUGGGAAAGAGCGAGAAGUCCAGCAGAAAGGUUCCUCCGAAGAUUAAAGUCAGUCAGGUUGUCAUGGAUUUGGUCACCCGACCCGACAUGAAGCGCUUUGAGAAUGUGGAGUUGCAGGUGCUCAAGAAGUCCACACCAGGUGGCUGUGAGCAUCGACUGUCGAUGUGGGGGCGCUAUUUGUGGCCUCCGUUGGAAGGCUUCAUCGCCCGAUGUGAUGUCCCGGAGUAUUUCCAACAGAGCGAAGAGCUGGACUUCAAGAUCACCCUCUGGUCAGAUCCCCACCGAGCGGAGGAGGUCUACGGUUGGCCCGACUUUGUGUCGACACAUCGGCCGGUGACCGAAUGGCUGGGCGAUGACUUUGAGCAGUGGUCCGGAGCUCUGACCGCUGCGAGACUCUCUCGCUUCGCUCUGACCACUGUGCCGCCGAAAAAGGAGGAGCGAUCCGAAACCGGAGAAGAUGAGAAGCGGACCUCCGAGCCGGCGCCGCGGUCCUCUGAGGCCUGGGACUUUCGGUGGCCAGCGAAGCGGCCACGAGGAGUGCUUGCUGAGCGAGAGAGUUUGGAUUCCGCCUCAUCCGGAGAAGAGCUCUUUGAGGGCUUCCGACGAAGUGAGGUGGUCCGAUUGUUGAAGCAGGCCUUGUCUGACCUCGGCUUCAAGGCUGCUCGUGAGGCCUUGGAACUGGAGUCAGGACCGUCGCAAGAAGAGGCCGUGGCUGGAUUGAGGCAAGAGAUUCUUGCCGGUCACUGGGAUGAGGCGCUUCACAUGGCGCGCUACGUGGAUCCGGAUGCAGGGGUACCUCUACGACGGCUGCUCUUGGAGCAAAAAUGCUUGGAGCUGCACGAGAAGGGUCACUUGGAGGCAGCCCUAGAAGUUUUCCAAGAGAUUGCAGAUUCAGACAGCGCCAUGGAAGGUCUCCAGGUGAUGAUCCAGGCCAAAGCAGAUGCCCGAGACCGACACGCGCUGCUGGAGAAAGUGGAAGCAUUACUGCCGGAGCUCCCACCGCGGCGUCUUCCUGAGCUCCUCUGGCAAGCUGUCAGGUAUCAGCACCUCCAUUGCCUCUAUGCAGAUUUGGACCCUACUCUCAUGUCAACGGUCCCUGGCCUGAUCAAGAAUUACUCCUAUUCGCCGCCACCGCUGCCCACACACUGCGUGGGGAGGCUGGAUCACCAUCGCGAUGAGGUCAUGUUCGUCUCCCGCAAGAUGUCCAGCCCAUUGGGCGUCCUCUCCAGACAGCUGGGCCUGGCGGCAGUACCAGUGCCGCCCUCCUCCUGGGGCUCGAAGUAUCGCGUGGCCAUUGUGGGUGGUGGUUCAGCUGGGGUGUCUGUCGCCUCGCAGCUCUGUCGAAAAUUUCCCGGUUUACACGACCAGAUCGCGGUGAUCGAACCCAGGGAUCAGCAUCUUUACAUGCCCUACUGGACCAUGGUGGGUGGUCUCGGACUGGAUGUCCAAAACUCUGCUCAUCCAAUGGAGAAAGUGAUGCCCACUCACGUCCAAUGGAUCAAGGAAAAGUGCUUAUCCUUUCAGCCGGAGCAGAACAAGCUGACUUUGGCUGGUGGUCACGAGAUUGAAUACGACUUUCUGGUCGUCGCCGCUGGACUGCAGCAGAACUUCCACCUGGUGCCAGGACUCAAGGAGACGAUGGGCAAGAACAGUGUCGCAUCCAUCUAUUCCUUCGAUUAUUCUCCGGCGGUGUGGCAAAACAUUUUGGGCCUCAACAAAGGAAAGGCCAUCUUCACCAAUCCUGCUACCGCGGUGAAUUGUGGUGGGGCACCUCAAAAGAUCGCCUAUCUGGCCGAAGCCAAGUGGAGAAAACGAGGAGUUCGCCAGAAUAUUGACAUCGAAUUCAUCACAGCGACUCCAGGCAUCUUCGCGUGUCCAGAGUACAAGAUCGCCUUGGAAAAGCAAAUGGCACAGAAAGGCAUCACGCCGUCAGUGAAGACGAACCUGGUGGAAGUGGAUGGUGAUAGAAAGAUCGCGGUCUUUGAACAAGAAGGUGGCGAAGUGAUCACCAAAGAGUUCGACUUUUUGCACGUGACGCCGCCCAUGAGCGCCCCAGACUUCGUGAAGUCUCUUGGAGAAAACACCAGUGGAGGCCAUCGCUAUUAG